AUGCCCACCCACUAUGAUGAUGAUCCAAUACUGACGUUCAACGGGCACAGCUGUUUUCAAUUCCCUCUAUUCGCCCAAAAGGGAAUUGAGGGUUUGCAGAGACAUAACCUUAAGUUUUAUCCGUGGGGCCGAACAUCGCCAGGGAGGCGUAGAUCACUUCGAGAGCAAGAGCCAGAACCCAAGAACACCUGGGUGUCGUCAACAACUCUCGGCACCAGAUUCAUCAGAGCGGCCGCAGGAACACUAGACCUAACAGACCUGCUUAAAGCUAGUCGGUUGGGUUUCUUUCGACUACGAGAACUGGAAGGCGAGGAUAGUAAGUUGGAGGGUUGGCGUUGGCGGUGCUUCUAUGGCCUUUGA